AUGCCGAAGAAAGCAAAGCCCACAGGGAAUGGGAAGGAAGAGGGGUCUGUUCCCUGCAAGCAGGUGAAGAUAGAGGCAGCUGGUGGACCCUCCUCUAUUUUAAAUUUUGAAAGCCCCAGUGAUCUGUUUGAAAGUUUAAUCUCGCCCAUCAAGACAGAGACUUUUUUCAGGGAAUUCUGGGAGAAGAAGCCCCUUCUCAUUCAGAGAGAUGACCCUGCAGUGGCUACAUAUUACCGGUCCCUGUUCAGGCUGUCAGAUCUGAAGAGUCUAUGCAGCCGGGGUAUGUUCUAUGGAAGAGACAUAAAUGUCUGCCGGUGUGUCAAUGGGAAGAAGAAGGUUUUAAAUAAAGAUGGCAAAGUGCACUUUCUUCAACUGAGAAAAGAUUUUGAUCAGAAAAGGGCAACAAUUCAGUUUCACCAACCUCAGAGAUUUAAGGAUGAGCUUUGGAGGAUCCAGGAGAAGCUAGAAUGCUACUUUGGCUCCUUGGUUGGCUCGAAUGUAUACAUAACCCCUGCAGGAUCCCAGGGCCUCCCACCCCAUUAUGAUGAUGUCGAGGUUUUCAUCCUGCAGCUGGAGGGGGAGAAACACUGGUGCCUUUACCACCCCACUGUGCCCCUGGCACGAGAGUACAGCGUGGAGGCCGAGGACAGGAUUGGGAGGCCGACACAUGAGUUCACGUUGAAGCCGGGUGAUCUCCUGUACUUCCCCAGAGGGACCAUUCAUCAAGCGGACACUCCUCCAGGUCUGGCCCACUCUACUCACGUGACCAUCAGCACCUACCAGAACAAUUCAUGGGGAGAUUUCCUUUUGGACACCAUGUCGGGGCUUGUGUUUGACACCGCAAAGGAAGAUCUGGAGUUCCGGGCUGGCAUACCCCGGCAGCUGCUCCUGCAGGUGGAAGCCACAGCUGUUGCAACAAGAUUAAGUGGCUUUCUGAGGACCCUUGCAGACCGCCUGGAGGGCACCAAAGAGCUGCUUUCAGCAGACAUGAAGAAGGAUUUUGUUAUGAACAGACUUCCCCCUUACCAUAUGGGAGACGGAUCAGAGUUUUCAACGCCAGGUGGACAGUUACCAAGGUUGGACAGCACAGUGAGACUGCAGUUUAAAGACCACACCAUCCUCACAGUAGGGCUGCAUCAGGAUCAGUCUGACGAAACUCAGGAAAAGAUGAUUUACAUCUAUCAUUCCUUAAAGAACAGGAGAGAGACACACAUGAUGGGAAAUGAGGAAACAGAGUCUCAUGGACUUCGCUUUCCUUUAUCACAUAUGGAUGCACUGAAGCAAAUUUGGGGCCAUCCAGCUGUUUCUGUCAAGAACCUGAAACUUCCUACAGAUGAGGAAAAGGAAAAUCUGGUGUUAUCCCUGUGGACAGAAUGCUUAAUCCAGGUAGUCUAG